AUGCGUAAAGCAAAACCAUCUGUUAGUCUUUUGAGUGAGAGCGAUGCAGUCUCAUCAUUCCAGUCAAGAGGCAUCAAAACAUUAAAAGGAGCGAAAAUUCCAGCUGCGCCAGCAUUAGAUUUAUCCAAUAAUCAACUUGCUUCAUUACAAGGCCUUCCUUCACCACAAAUUAUUAAAUUAUUACAGCUUUCUCACAAUAACAUAUCAACAAUUGAAGAAGAUCCAUUCAAAUACUGUACUUCUUUAACAUAUCUUGACUUAUCAUAUAACAAUAUCUCAAAAAUGGAGAGACUGUUUUAUAUAGCGAAUCUUCAUUCUCUUAAUCUCUCAGAAAAUCAAAUUGAAGUGAUUGAAAACUUGGAAGGCUGUGUUUCAUUAAAACAGCUCAAUUUAUCAAAUAACAAAAUACGUUUUAUCUAUAUACGAAGCCCAAUUCCUCGUCUUGUCAGUCUAGACAUCAGCGGAAACCAAUUUCGCUCAUUACAUGGAAUGGGAGUAUUUUCAGGACUCUCUACACUUAUCAUGGAUAGAGGAAUUCUUACAAAUCUAAAUGGAAUUCGUUCUUUGUUAAAUCUUCGCUCAUUAAGUGCAGUUCACAAUAAAAUCACUGAUUUCCCACCAUUUUAUAUGGCACUUCUCACCUACGUCGAUCUCUCAUAUAAUAACCUUAUCUCUCUCACACCUCUCACAGGAUUUCAAUCACUUGUUACUUUAGAUAUUUCAUUUAAUCCUUUUGAUGAUAAGUCAUUGAUCAUUGACGCCUUCUUCCCACAGUUAAAGGAAUUCCGUGCUAAUUCUACAAAAAUUUCUAAAUUAUCUCCACUUGCUACAGUUGCACCAAAUUUAGUAGCUGUAAGUCUAACAUAUUGCAAAUUAAACUCUAUGGAUGAUAUACUUAAUUUUGUAGCAAACGUGAAAACUCUCAAAUACCUUGAUAUCAGAGGAAAUCCUGUAAAUUCAAAUCUUUACCAAGAUAUUCCACCAAUUUUGCAAGAUGAUAUGGAACUUCCCGAAUAUGAAUCAGAAGAGAUCUAUAACAAGCAGUUUGGAGCUAAUUCCGCCAGAAAAGAAUACAGAGAUAGAAUUAUUUCCUCGGCUACCGGCGAAAUUGCAUGGCUUGAUGGUGUAAGAUGUCCAGGAAAGAAUGAUGAUGCAGUUCCUCCAUCUCGAAUGAACUUUAUGGACGAAAACGACAUCCAAGAACCACAAAGUGAACUUCCUGUUCCUGUCCGACCAGUUUUAGAAUCAGCUCAGUAUUCCACAGACUCAGAGCCAGACCGCAACGACAACAGUAUCUCAGAAAGCAAUUAUGACAAUCCAAUUGAUGAUUUCGAGCAAUUGGACAAAGUUCCUAACAUCAAUGACGAAGAAAUCAUUGAAAGUCCUCCAAGAAAAAUCAAAAAAGUUAAGAGGAAAAUUCCAAGUGAAAAAUCACCGAAACAUCAGCAAUUUGAAGCUGAAUUCCCUGUUUACGAUCAAGAAGCAAAUGGAUAUGGAACAAGUCCAUCAAUGCUUGACUCUUGCGAAGAUUCCGGUCCUUACGAAGUUGAUCAUCAAAAAGCUGGAAUUGAACAAACAGCUCCAGGACUUUUCGGUUUUGUUGCAGAUGAAAAAAGCGAUUCCAGUGAAUUUGAAGAAGACAGAAAGUAUGUGGCAGCAACAGAUGCGGAAUCAGAGUUUGCUUAUGAGAAAUAUGUUCCUAAGAAGAGGAUAAAUCACAAGGAAGCUCCAAAUUAUCAGGACAGAUUGAUGGAAAACACGGAAUAUAAGAAAGGAGGAAUGCAGUUCUGGGUUCCUGUUAGAAAUAGCGAAAACAGCGGAAUUAGAAAAUCAACUUCGCCAAAGAACAGUCCUCCUAAGCCAAAUGGACAGAGAUAUCCUCCAUUUAGGAAUUUGCCUUAUCAGAAACCUUUGCCUCAGGGAACUUAUCCUUUCAACUUGAAGGAAGAAAGAAGAUUACCAUGGGAUAAAACUGAAACACCUUCUUAUGCUAAGAAAGUCAAUAAGAAGAGAUCAAAGUGA